CUGCAGAGCCCAGCUCCAGCCCUGCUUCAGAUGCCUCAGCUCCGCAGCACCAUGAAGUUCUCUGCAGCCGCUCUGGUCGCUCUCCUCCUCGUGGCUGCCCGCUCCCCAUCUGAGGCCCAUCUCGAUGGUGUCCCCACCACGUGCUGCUUCACUUACCAGCAACGCCCCAUCCCACGGCACCUCAUCACCCCUGCUUAUAUCACCAGCAGCAGCUGCAGCCAGCCAAGAGUGAUCAUGAUCAUCACCAAGAAGGAGCUGUGCACAGAUCCCAGGGGUCCUGGCUGCAGGCACAUCUGCAGCGCUUCCAGAGCCUGA